AUGCUUCCCGGACUGUUGUUUCUCGCGGUGAUCUUGUGCGGAGUGACGAUCUCAUGGUACUGGGCGCAGGUCCUUCGCUGGGCCGAUGGAAUCCCCCGUGCGGUCCCCAGCAAUCGGUGGCUAGGAAAUAUUGCGGACUUUUUCGGCAAAUCCCCCAGUGAAGUGUUUAUCGUGCUUGAUCGACACUUUCGACAGCACGAUCGGUUGUUCACCUUCCGCUUCGGGCCACAGGUGGCCAUCGGGAUCACCCAUCCGGAGCUGGUGCAUAAAGUGCUCACCCACCCCGACUGUCAAGCCAAACCUAACGUGUACAAAGUGGUCCGGCUACCGAACGGUUUACUGGCCGCUAAAUACGACAUCUGGAAAAUGCAUCGCAAAACGCUCAACUCAGCGUUUAACGCACGCAUCCUGGAGAGCUUUGUACCGAUCUUUAACGAUUGCUCCCGGCGACUGAUUGGACGGCUGGAUCGAUACGCUCAAUCCGGCGACCGGUGCAACAUUCUGCAAUACAUAUCGGCCUGCACGCUGGAGAUGAUUAGCCGCACUUCGUUGGGUGGAAAAGUGCUCGAGCGCGACGGUGCCCAACAGUUCAUCCACAAUCUGGAAAUCGCGCUGAAAACCGUUGGCGUACGAAUUUUCAACAUUUUGCUCCACGUUGAUUUCAUCUACCAGUUCACCGAACUGUACCGUAACGAGAUGAAAGCAAUCGCGACUUGCCAGCAGUUUACUAGAAAGAUAAUCCAGGAUAAAAGGGAAGAAAUUGCCCGCCUGUUUGACGAACGCACCGGCAACAAUCCCGCAUCAACGUCGGAACUGGCCGCUCCCGAGGAAACGCCCCACUACCGGAAGCCCCAGAUUUUCAUCGAUCAACUGAUGAAAAUUCCGCUCACCGAUCCCGGUGCGCGCCAGUUUUCCGACGACGAAAUUUCGGACCACAUCUACACGAUGAUGGUGGCGGGCAACGAAACAUCGGCAACUCAAUUAGCGCACACCUGUCUGCUGCUGGCCAUGCAUCCCGCGGUACAGGCCAAGGCGCACGCCGAAGUGUCCGAGCUUCUGUGCACGCCCGACCAGGAGAUAACGACCGACCUGAUGAAGGAGCUCCGGUACGUCGAGUGUGUGCUGAAGGAGGCGAUGCGUCUGAUGCCGGUGGCACCGAUCGUCGGGCGUCAGAACCUGGCCGAGCUGGCACUCGAUGGGCAUCGCAUUCCCCGUGGCAGCAUCAUGCUGUUCAACUUUUACGCCCUCCACCGGCGGAAGGAUGUCUGGGGCCCGACGGCGGACGAGUUCGAUCCGGGUCGGUUUCUGGACGAAGACGCCGGCCGGAUGCGGCAUCCUUACGCGCACCUUCCGUUCAGUGGGGGCCCGAGAGGGUGCAUCGGGUACCGGUACGCCAUGAUGAGCCUUAAGACGCUGCUGGCGCUGAUCCUGAAGAGCUACGAGCUGACGACGAGCGUUCGCUACGAGGACAUUCGCUACGAGUACCAGAUUUCAUUAAAUCUCGCAUUUCCUCACGCGGUCCAACUUCGACGACGAAGCUGA